AUGGCAGCAGAGGACAGGGAGAUGAUGGAAGCCCGGGGUGCAGGAGAAAGCUGCCCGACCUUCCCCAAGAUGGUGCCUGGUGACUCCAAGUCUGAAGAGAAGCCAAGGGCUUGUCUGGAGGCAGAGUCCCAGAAGCCAGACUCCUCCUCUGACUACUUGGAAGAGAUGGAAGCUUGUGAGGACGGAGGCUGCCAAGGGCCGCUUAAAUCGCUGUCCCCCAAGUCCUGCCCUGCCACCAAAGGCCAGGCAGGCGACGGACCCAAACCCGCAGAGCUGCCCCCGGCCCCUGGGACUGAGCGCAAUCCCGAGAUGGAGCUGGAGAAGGUGCGCAUGGAGUUCGAGCUCACACGGCUCAAGUACCUGCAUGAGGAGAACGAGCGGCAGCGGCAGCAUGAGGUGGUGAUGGGGCGGCUGCAGCAAGAGGCAGCGCCCCGCCUGUUUUCAGGAGGCCUCCAGAACCUCCUGCUGCCCCAGAACCAGUUUGCCAUGUUCCUGUACGGCUUCAUCUUCAUUCAUAUCAUCUAUGUCACCAAGGAGAUGGUCUUCUUUCUCUUCGCCAAGCACUACCUGUUCUGCAUCGCGGCCAUUUUGCUCUGUUUGAUUAAAACUUUCUGGUCAUACUUCCAAGUGCUUUUGCUCUCUCCACCACUGGGAACCCUCGCCCCUGCCAUGCUAGAGUGUUAUCAGCCCAGCUCCCACUCCCUUCCUGAGCUGCUGAGCCAGAAAGCCUUGGUUGGGUUGAAACCAUCGGGUAGAGCACAGCCGUAG